UACACACUCAAUCAGAACUAUUCUAUUACAUUUCUUGAUCAUCAAGUAUGGACUGCAUCGCGAAUUUGGCAUCGGAGAAGGCAGUGGUGAUCUUCAGCAAGAGCUUAUGUUGCAUGUCACACGCGAUAACGAGGCUUUUUCAAGAACAAGGAGUGAGUCCGAUGGUGCAUGAACUGGAUCAGCACCCCAGAGGGAAGGAAAUAGAGAUGGCUUUGAAAAGAUUAGGGUGCACCCCUGCUGUGCCUGCAGUAUUCAUUGGAGGCAAGUUUUUAGGCACGGCGAACAGUGUCAUGACUGCGCAUAUCAAUGGCUCGCUCAACAAGAUGCUCAAAGAUGCCGGGGCUCUGUGGCUUUAGAUCACAAUGCAUUCAUAAUUUACAUGUAUAAUAAGAUCAAACUAACUCCUAUAAUUAUAUAUAACAUAUAUAUGCACAUGGGCAUAUAUCAUACAGAUGUGCAUGUGUAAGGCUAUCGUGUUCAACGUGUAGAGGCGGCUUUAUUUUGCAUAAGAGCUUCUCGUAUAAUAUAUCCGAGUUUUUCCGAGUUA